UGCCCCCCAAAAGGAGUAGACCGAGUGGGGGCUGAGGACAUGUGUUCACUGCCCCCCAGGAGGGGAUGAGUCAGAGAUGGGGUGCUGCUUCAUGCCAGGAGCCAUGCCCCAGCUCCUACCUCAGGGGGCCGAGAGAGAUAAAGGGGCCGUGAAGGGGGCAGAGGGCCAGAGCACAGCAGCACACUGCCUGGCGCCAGCCACGGGCAGCCCCGGCAGCCCCACCGUGCCCCAGAGGAGGCUGCUGCUGCCUGACCACGCGAUGACCAGGUGGCCUCUGCUGGUGCUGAUGGUCCUGACGUCACGCAGGGCCCUGCUUGUCCCUGCGACCCCUAUCCCAGCCUUCCAGCUCUUCCCUCAGAACCCUCCCCAGGCCACUCCCCGCCCUGUGGCCUUGGAGAGCACCCCAGCCAGCACCACAGGCCCCUCCACUGCUUGGGGCCACCCGAGCCCCGGCCCCCGCCCGGGCCCCCGCAUCACCCUCUCGCUGGAUGUCCCCAUUGGCCUCCUGCAGAUCUUACUGGAGCAGGCCCGCACCAGAGCUGCGAGGGAGCAGGCCGCCACCAAUGCUCGCAUCCUGGCCCACGUUGGCCGCCGCUGAGCCACAGAAUGGGGGUCACAAUGAUGGGGCCACCCCGCGUCAGGAGACCUGGAAGGCGGUGGCAGAGCAGGACGGCACUACAUCUGGGCAUGGUGCGCCUGGCCACCGCCCUGUGGGGUCACUGCCAGGUGGUGUCCUGUCACAGCUGAGUGCCUCUCAGAGCCACGGUGCGUCUGGACAGCCUGGACGUUGCCAGGCUGGGGGGCUGCCAAAUGGAGUCGUGCCACACCUGGAGCCCUGCAGACUUCCAAUAUGUCUGGACAGCUUGGACACUACCGUGGAAUGUCACUACUGUGUGAAGUUUCGCCAUGUCUGGGUGCCCCACAGUCAAAGAGCAUCCGGACAGUCAAUGUGGUUACUCUUGGGCCACUUUUAGGAGCCUCGACACCGGAGCCUGAUAUGUUAUCUGAGACCAGUCUGCCUAAGACUGGAUCUACAGGUCUGCCCUGCCCCCCACGGUCACCACACAGGGACGUGCAGGCUGAGGGUUACAUGCAUGUUUUGUGCUCCCAAAAGCAGCACCCCCCUUAGAUAAGGGGGCCAUCGGGGGCAUUUCCAGGCAUGGGUGGCCGGAUGUGGGAAGUCUGUGGCUGUGGCAUCCUGGGUUUGUGGCAGGUGUACGCGUGCCUGGGUGGCUGCGUCUCAGUGUAUCUGAUAGCUGUGAGUGUGUGUGGGCAAGGUGAGGGCAUGUGAGGGGGCUGCAAGGAACAGGGGCUUGUUCCCCAAACCAGCAUGAAACACACUCAACGCACAGCCAGGCACUGUCCUACCCACACGCCUGCACACCCAGCCGUGGCCCUCGGACACACGUGGCUCGGGCUGCUGAGGCUCCAGCCCAGCGCUGCACCUCCUUCAUCGAACUGUCCAGAGCAAACGUGCUCAUCUUUCCAAGCCUCAGCUUCCUCCUCUGUAGAGCAGAGCAAUGCCACCAGGUUUCUUGUGAGCACUGAGCAACAGUGUACAUGAGGGUUCUGGCAUGCAGGAAAGAGCUCAAUAAACGUAGC